CCAACACAGUAUUUAAAAAGUGUUUCCCUCAUGUCCAGCACUUCACAAGGACUCCAGCACCAACCCUGGGACCCCGUUUGGGGCGAUCUCCUCCUCCACCCUUUUGGGACAAUGAAGAUCUCAAGAAGAGUUUUUCAACUAACAAACCUCCAGCCUCACAAACCCCCCAGCCAAAGUGUCGCUUAGGGAGGAAAUCUGGGCUGUCAAAUUUGGAAACAUUUCCCCUCCUCUCCUCUCCUGCUUGAGGAACCCAAGUGACGAGGAUGGACCCCACCGGCGGCAGCUGCAUGCGCAGCCCCCAACCCCCAGCCCCACUCUGGGGUUGCCUGCGGGGUGCCGACGUCCCUACAGCCACAGGGUUGGGUCACUGCCCCCCGACCCCUUUUUCCUUCCACCCCAAGGCGGAUUUUGCUCCUUAUUCCGAAUUCUCAGCCUCCUGCUUGCUGAGCGCUGCCCACUGCGUCCCACCCGAGGAGCAGACCCCAGUCUUUCGUCCCCACUCUGAGUGGCAGCAAGCAACGACAGAGGCCCGGAGACUGCUGAGCCCAGGGCUGGCGUUGGCCUCUGGGGACUCAGAGAGUCCCAACCUUGUGAGCACAGCAGCGGGAGUAAGCGAAGAUUACGAGGUGCCGGUAAACAGCGUGAUGGAGACGGAGAGAAAGGCAUCCAAAAGGAAAAAGGAACACUCAGAAAGCCAGCCCUCCAGCAGCAAGGCAGAAGGCAGCAGCAGGUCACGGAAGGAGAGGACAGCAUUCACCAAGGAGCAGCUAAGGGAGCUGGAGGCAGAAUUUGCCCAUCAUAAUUACCUGACAAGGCUCAGGAGAUACGAGAUCGCCGUGAACCUGGACCUCACUGAGAGACAGGUCAAAGUGUGGUUCCAGAACAGAAGGAUGAAGUGGAAACGCGUUAAGGGUGGGCAACCAGUGUCCCCCCCUGAGCCUGAUGCAGAGGAUGCUGAUUCCACCACAUCUCCCAGCUCCGAGUAGUGCCAUAAAGAGAUGCUUGGAGAGGGUGUGACACUGCAGAAGGACACUGCAGCCCCAUAUGGUGGCCCUGUGGGGCACAGACUGAGAGGUGUGCAGUGCUGGAGCUGGCGGAGGAAAAUGGAAAGCACAAAAUAAGGCAAUGGAGAGCAGGACUUUGAGCUUUGUGUGAAUGGAACUGUCUUAUUGCCAUAGGGCUACCUUCACAAAAAGGAGACAAAACGAAAAAAAAAGAUAAAAACCACUGUGUAUAUAGCAGGAGUAAUACUGUUCAGGCUCCCAAAUGCUCAGAAAAUAAGAGUUAUCAGUUAGAAAGAGACCAGAGGGUGAUUACACAGCUCUGUUCACUUCCAGCCUUUCCCUGGUCUGCUCAUCCUUCACUUGGACUUGGGCUCUGAGAAUCACUGAGGUUGGAAUAGACCUCUCAGAUCCCCAAGUCCAACCCCAACCCAUCCCACCGUGCCCACUGACCGUG